AUGGAGAAACGAGGAAGAAAUGCCUGCUGGAAAUGCAAAGAGCGACGCGUCAAGUGUAGCUUGGAGAAGCCCGUCUGCGGCAAUUGUGCCCGGUCUCAGCACCGUUGCGAGUACGGUCUGAAGCUUCUGUGGAGAGAGGAAGCUAUGGCUAGGGGUAUAUGCUUUGGUCGACAGGGUAAGUACUGCUGCGCCACAGGCGUCCAUGGGAAGUCGUCCAAGACGUCGCUUCGCAGUCAUUCGCCAGCUCUCGAAAGCUUCAAAGGCCAUUUCUAUUUCUUCAAUACCUCGGCUGACAGCUUUCCAAAUCAACCCGGGCCACUUCAACAGCCCGUGUCGCAACCAGCCCUCCAUCCCUCCUCUUGUUCCACGCUCCAAGAUGGACCGCAAGAGAGGGAACUGGAUCAGGCAUGUCAAGAUGAAUCAAGUCAACACAUGGUUCUUUAUCGGACCGGCAUAAGUGGGUUUCCCACGGCUUCCCCUGAUGGAGACCCAUUGGACCUGCAUCUCUUCGACUUUUACAUCACAAACCUGUGUCCUAAUUUGAGCAAUUCGCCAACGGACAAUCCCUACCUCGAAUUCAUUGCGCCGCUUUCAUUAACCUCGGCACCUCUUUACCAUUCUGUCCUCAGCUGGUCGGCUCACGAGCUGUCCUUUAGAAAACCCGAUGGGCGAAGCUAUCACCAAAUCUCUGCCCAUCACAAGGUUCGAGCACUACGAGGCCUCAGGCAAGAGAUUGAAUCAUCACAAGCCAACACCGCUUCUCCUUCUAGUCUAGCCUCGGUUCUUGCGACCAUGAUAGUACUCUCUUGCCAGGAAAUCGUCGAAGCAUGCUCAUCAACGUGGAUGCAACAUCUCAAAGCCGCCCGGAUGUUGUGCAGCAUUCUUUGGCCGAAAGGUCACGAUGCACCUGACAACUUCCGGAAGUUCUGUGUCAUGUGGUUUGUCUCGCACGAGAUUAUGAGCCGCACAGCUUGGAUCCAAGACACGCUCUUUGAGCCAAGCGAGUGGUUUGCCGGCGACGACGAAACGGAGAUUGACGUUAUGAUCGGAUGUUCUCGUGGUUUGAUACGGCAAUUGUCCGAGACCAGCACUCUGAUUACGGAUAUUCGGAACCAACCGGCCUCUUCCAGUAACCCAGAGUUCAUAGCUCGCCGCAACUGCAUCGAAGCCGCCCUCAAACGACUCGGCCAGCGCAUUUCGACAACAAAGGGUUCAGCGCCGCCCGAGUUGCUCGAUAUUGCUGAAAGCAAGAGGCUAUGCGCAUUGAUAUACCUCUACACCUGUAUCGACAGCGCUACGCCGUCAUCGCCUGUGAUUCAGACGAUCACCGCACGAGUAAUGCGGAUCCUGACCAGACUGCCGCCCAAACCGUCACUCACCUUUCCCUUGUUUGUCGUGGGCACCCUGGGCGUCUGGAAUGAGGACGAUCGAAGAUUGGUGCUUGAUAUGUUGACGAGUAUGAUUAAGGCAAGGCCGUUGGCAAGUAUUGUCAGAGCAGAGGAAGUAGUUAGAGCUGUGUGGUUGGACAGGGACUUGGGUAAGUGUGAGCGAUGGGAGGAUUUGGUAGAGACAAGAGGGAGGUUGCUGAGUCUUGCAUGA